AUGGCGGAAGAGACGAACCGCCGGACGCGCCGGCGAAACCAGAUUGUCGACCUCGACUCGAGCGAAGAUGAGGUCAUCGCGGCUCCGCAGCCGCGAAAGCGACUGAAGCCGACCGUCGAGAGCAAGCCCAGCCGCCAGGUCCUCCACCGGCGCAGCGAGCGCGCCCGCGCGCCAAAGCCGCGCGAGCCCGCGAAGCGCAAAAAUGCACCUGAGAAGGCGCAGCCGGCCAAGCGCGGCCGUCCGCGAAGCUCGCCGCCGCCUGCCUCGUCGCCCAAGGUCGUCGUAUCGCGUGCCAAGGGCAAGACCAAGAGCAAGACCAAGGCCAAGGAGAGCUCGUCCGAGUCAGCGUCAGCGUCCGAAGCAUUGGACUCGGAGUCGGACGUGUCGGACGCGAGCUCGACCGAAGGCAAGUCGUCGCCACGCGCGGCCGACACCACCUCGAGCGACGACAACUUUAUCAUUGACAAGGUGCUGGCCGUCGAGACGCACACCGUGGCCGAGUGGGCGAAGAAGUGCCACGGCAUGCACUCGCACUACAUCACGGCCGGGUCCAUCUUUGUGCCGGACGACGACGACCCGGUGCUGCCGCCGACGGACGAGGUCGAGAAAUUCCUCGUCAAGUGGAAGGACCUCUCGUACCUGCACGUGUGCUGGCAGACCGAGAAGGAGCUCGUCGAGUACGAGAAGAACGCAAAAGGCAAGGUACAGCGCUUCCUUGAAAAGCAGGCGCGGGCGCCACUUGUCGCUGGCGACGAGUACUUCAACCCCGAAUUUUGCACCGUCGACCGCGUGCUCGCGAUCCAGCCGAGCCAAGACGUCGACGCACCCGGCGCGCUCGAGUACUUUGUCAAGUGGAAGGCGCUCGGGUACGAGAGCUGCACGUGGGAGCAGGCCGAGGACUUUCACGACGACCACGCGGUCGCGCUCUACCACGCUUUCAACCGGCCGCUGCUUCGGUCGCCCAAGGUCCGAAAGGCCUCGAGCUUCCGUCCGUACGGUGACAAGAUCCCCGCGACCUUCAAGGGCGGCAUGAACCUGCGCGAGUACCAAGUCGCCGGUCUCAACUGGCUCCUCUUCAACUGGUACAACGACCGCAACUCGCUUCUCGCGGACGAAAUGGGCCUUGGCAAGACCGUGCAAACCGUCUCGUACAUCAACCACCUCGUCCAGGUCGAGCAGCGCCGCGGGCCGUACCUCAUCAUUGCGCCGCUCUCGACACUCGCCCACUGGCAGCGCGAGUUUACCAACUGGACGGACCUCAACGCAGUCGUGUACCACGGGUCGCACGACGAGCGCAAGACGAUCGAGCAGUAUGAGUUUUACCUCCCCCACCCGCACGACGACGCGCCCGGCGCCCCGGUCCGCGACAAGAAGACGACCCAUUACCGCUUUGACGUGCUCAUCACCACGUACGAGAUGUGCGUGGCCUCGGACAACAUCACGCUGGCGCGCAUCCCGUGGCAGGUCGUCGCGGUCGACGAGGCCCACCGCCUGAAAAACCGCAAGUCGAAGCUCGCGAGUAUUCUCUUGGCCAACUUCAAGUUUGGCAAUCUUCUCCUCCUCACGGGCACGCCGCUCCAGAACAACGUCGAAGAGCUCUGGACGUUGCUGCACUUUUUAGACCGCAAGAAGUUUGCGUCGUCCGAAGAGUUUGUCGACGCAUACGGCAACCUCGUCGACUCGGACCAGGUCAAGAAGCUGCAGGUCGAGCUCCGGCCGUUCUUGCUCCGGCGCAUGAAGGAGGACGUCGAGACGUCGCUGGCGCCCAAGGAAGAGACCAUCAUCGAAGUCGAGCUCACGGUCUUGCAAAAGCAGUACUACCGCGCGAUUUUCGAGCGCAACACCGAGUUUCUCGUGCGAGGCCAUACAAAGAAGGCGAAUAUGCCGAGCUUGAUGAACAUCGUCAUGGAGCUCCGCAAGUGCUGCAACCACCCGUUCUUGAUCCUCGGCGCCGAAGCCCGCGAAGUCGCACGCGUCCAGAAAGAGACGCCCCAUGUGACGCCGUUGGAGCUCCAGGAGCUGCUCGUGCAAUCGUGCGGCAAGCUCAUUUUGCUCGACAAGCUUCUCCCGCGCCUCAAGGAGCAAGGCCAUCGCGUGCUCAUCUUUUCGCAGUUCAAGAUCAUGCUCGACAUCCUCGAAGACUAUCUCCGGCUCCGAGGGUACGUCAAAGAGCGCAUUGACGGCAGCAUCACAGGCAACGACCGGCAAGCGGCCAUCGAUCGCUUCUGCAACCCGGAAAGUCCGGCGUUCAUUAUGCUGCUCUCGACGCGCGCGGGCGGCGUUGGCAUCAACCUCACGGCCGCCGACACGUGCAUCAUUUACGACUCGGACUGGAACCCGCAGAACGAUCUGCAGGCACAAGCGCGCUGCCACCGCAUCGGGCAGACCAAGUCGGUCAAGAUCUAUCGCCUCUUGACGGCCAAGACGUACGAAGCGCACAUGUUCCACCAAGCGUCCAUGAAACUCGGGCUGGACCAAGCCGUUCUGGGCGGCAUUCGCCAAGCCAAAGGCAAGGAGCUCCCGGCCGCGUCCAAAGAAGACGUCGAAAAUCUGCUCAAAUUCGGCGCGUACGAGAUGCUCAAGGACGACGGCGCCGAGGCCAGCAAGCGCUUCAGCGAAGAGUCGGUCGACGACAUUUUAAAGCGGUCGACGACCGUCGUCCACGACCCCAAGACCAAGCCGGACCCAGCCGCGUCGAAUGCCAUGUCCAGCUUCUCCAAGGCCACGUUUGUGAGCUCGACCGACCCGAACGAACAAGUCGCGCUGGACGACCCGGACUUUUGGACCAAGGUCAUUGGCCUCAACGCGGUCGAGGAAAAGACGGUCGUCGACAAGACGCCGGAGAAGCGCCGUUGCAAGGGCCGGUUCGCCACGUACGCCGAAGAAAACUCAGACGGCGAAGUGCCCGGCAGCUCCAAGAAGGUCCGUCGGCCAGGGAAGAAGCUCAAGAUGGCCAAUGAAAAGGAAAACGACGACGACGCAGCGUUUGUCAUUGAAGACGCCGCGCCCAGCUCCGAGGACGACGAGGACGAAGACGAUGACGCGCCGAUUGGGCCGAUCAAGGGCCUUCUCCAGAACCCCAACGCGCUGCGCACAACGCCCAAGACGCAACCGUUUGCGGCGGCGCUGCUCGCGUUCGGCUAUGGCCGCUGGACCAAGAUUCGCAUGGCAAGCCCGACGCUGCAGACGCUCUCGGUCGAGAAGAUCAAGUGCUUUGCCUUAGCGUACGUGGCGCAGCUCGUGCGCACGGCGGCCGAGAGCAGUGAUCUCCAGACGUACGCGCAGCGCUACUCGUUUGUGGUUGCGAUUCUCCGCGACUUGCAUCGGAAAGCGCACCCGCACGACAAGCACGUGGUGCCGGUGCCCCUCUACGACAUCAGCGCGAUCCCGAUUCCGUCGGAUCUCUCGUCCGUCUUGAGCUUUGAUGCGACGUGCAAGCACGCCGUGUCCAAGCUGCAGCAGCUCGAUGUGCUGCACCACCUCGACCAGCUCGUGACGCGCAAGUUCUCGCCGAUCCUCGAGUUUGUCUCGAUCCUCAACGACAUUCAGACCGCCAACACGUCGCCGCUGCCCGCGGAGACACCGCCCGAGACCGUCCUCGUGCGCCUUCGUCUCCUCAACGUCAUUCGGACGCUGCCAGCAUCAGGUGUGCACAAGGACGCGCCGAAUUGGUGGCAGCCGCAAACCGAUGACCUCCGCUUGCUCCUCGGGCUCCACCGCGUCGGGUGGCUUCGCGGCAAAAACUCGAUCGCGACGCUCAAGUCGGAUGCGCUGUUGUACCCGCCAAGUCUCCACCCCGGCGCCGCGCCGGACGCGGUGUGGCCGUCGACGACGUUGCUCUUGAAGCGGGCGAAGACGCUCCUGCGGGCGUGGGGCCAAGAGGCGCGCGUGCCGCCGUUCAAGGCGACCGAGGCCGUGGUGCCAUUUGUGCUCCCGAUGAACGUCGCGGACCAGAUGCAGUUUCUCGGGCUCCUCGACCGCCAAGAACGCUUUAUGACGCUCAUCCUCGAGUACGGCGUCCCGGACGUGCGGACGUGCGCCACUGCCCAAGAGCAGCGGGAAAAGUGGCGCUUCUACAUCAACGACCCGAUGAUGAGCGUCCGAUCGCGUGGUCCGACCGAGCUCCUCCACGAAGCCGUCGGGCUCGAGCGCGCGGCGCGAUCGGUGCUGGGGCAGCCGCACUUUGCGCCGUCGACCGAGCCGUCGAUCCUUGGCGGCACGCAAGACCAGUGGGUGCUCUCGCGCGACCAAGCGCAAGUGCUCGUGAACCGCAUCGAAUUUUUCCGACUCCUGCGCACCGACGUGCUCGUGAUGCGGCCACAGGAUCUGCACUUGGCCAUGAUGAGUGUGACGCGCGCGGCGUCGUACAACAAGGGCCACUUGCCGUCGUGGUGGGUGUCGCCGGACCACGACAUUUUGCUCAUGCAGGGCGUCGAGUGCUUUGGUCUGGACGACCACGUCAAGGACAUUUGGGCACUCGACCGCUUCCGCACGUGCAUGCCGCCGGGCGCGCAGGUGCCGUCGGCGAGGUGGGUCGAGACCACCGUGCUGCACUGCGCCAAGGCCGUGCGCGCGAUCACGCAGAUGAAGAAGCUCCAUGACGGCGACCGCCAGCGGGCAGCGCACGAGGCCCGCCAGAUGAUGGCCCACGACCCGCACCACAACGCCGACGCGUACACGUUUUUCGUGCUCCAGAAACACGAAGCCGCGCGGUCCGAGACGAGUGGCGUCGACCUCGAGCUCGCGGUCGCGGCGCGCGUCGCCCUCGAGAAGCAGCGCCUCGAGACGACGCAGCGCGAGGCCCAGCGACUCGAGGCCGAAGUGCGCGCGCGUGUGCAGGCCGAGACGAUGCGCCUCGAGGCCGCCCAGCGCGAGGCCAAGCGGAUUGAAAUGGAAGUCGCGAUGCGCGUGCAGAGCGAAACUAUGCGUCUCCAGGCCGUUCAGCGGGAGGCCCAGCGCGUCGAGAGCGAAGUGUGGUCCCGCGUCCAAGCGGAGCAAGCGCGGCUGACCGAGCAGCGGCCGACGGCGAGCGGCCGCAAGCCCAUCAUGGGGCGUCGUCCGCCGCCCGUCGUGAUUCCCGACGGGUCGGUGCGCGGGCCAGCCGCGUCGCCCGACAAUAUCAUCGUCAAGCCUGCCGUGGUCCAGCCCGUGACGACGCCCAAGACACCACAGGUCGACGUUGCGCGGCCAAUGACGUCGCCCGUCGAGGCGCCGCCUGCCAAGUCGCCAGGUGCGCAGUCGACGAUCCAAGCUGCGUUUGCGCGCCAGAAGAAGGGCAUCGACAAGAAGAUCGAGGUCAAGCGCGAAGUAGCGUUGCAAGAGGCGCCCGAGGACCGGCGCUCGCGCGGACGUCCAAAGGGUCGCGCGGACGUGAUUGAGAUUGACGACUCGGACUAGAGCCGGACGACGAUGUGGGUUUAUGAAGCCGAAUACACCACUUUUGUAUGCCACGAA